GGAAGCCCAUGUGAACGCUGCGAAAUUGAUCCAGCCUGUUCGAAAGGUUUCGCUCGCAUGAAGGGACUUGUGUGUGAAGAUAUUAAUGAGUGCGAGGUGUUUCCCGGUGUGUGCACAAACGGACGCUGUGUGAACACGCAGGGCUCGUUCCGAUGCGAGUGUCCGGAGGGACUUACACUGGACGGAGCCGGACGGACAUGUGUUGACAUCCGAAGCGAGCAGUGCUAUAUGAAAUGGGACGAGGACGAGUGCGUGGAGCCGUUACCGGGCCAGUAUCGCGUGGAUAUGUGCUGCUGUACGGUGGGAGCGGCAUGGGGUGUGGACUGUGAGGCCUGUCCCAAACCAAACACACCCGAAUUCAAGACCAUCUGCCCGCGGGGAUCUGGAAUCGCCAACCGAGGAGACAUCCUGAUGGGACGACCUUUCUACAAAG